ACUUGGCGGGAAAUGUAUGCAUGUCCGCGCGUGCAGGCUGGAGCUCGGAAAUCCGAUCGAUCCGAGAGCAGAGUUGUGGUGGUCGAGCUCGUGGAGCGCAGCGCAGUGCUGUUCGGAUCGUCUGGAAUUGGAGGUUGCAAGCGGAAUUUCGACCAUGUUUGUGCAUUGCGUGGGGCUGUAGAUGGCCCACAAAGCUCAGCAGAGGAUGUACAUGAAGACUGCUGUCACUCUCAAUGCAAUCCGACGCCUCGAUGAUGUGGGAUCGAGCAGCCACCGCAUUCGGAAGAUCUGUCAUGAGAAGAGCGAUCAUCCUUUGUCUCGGAUGCUUUUGUGGACUCCCUCGGAUUUAAAGUGGUUGAAUGUCGGCUGACCCUUCUCUCGAGCUGGAGAGGCGUGCCAGAUUCGCCUCUUAUGUUUCGUGUCCAUGCAGUAGAACCGCGUGAUUGCUGUCUCUGAAUAUCGAGCAAUGGAUCCUCCCGAGAAGGCGUCGUCUCUGUCGAGAAUUCAGAGUUUGAAGACUGAUUUGAAACAGUGGGAGCGAGACUUUCAGAAACAGAAUGGCCGUGUACCUGCGAAACAGGAUAUUCAAGCUUGUCCAUCCAUACGGUCUCUGUAUCUAGAGUAUGGACGCUUGAAGCAGAGUGUUCAAAAGGAGAACGGGGCCGAGAAGAUCAACAGCGAACGAUCGAAGGUUGGAGUAGCGUAUGGAAAGGAAAACUCAUGGAGUGGUCUCUCGGGAGGAGGCAAAAGUACGCCCAACAACUCUUCGUCAAUAUCUUCAACCCCCGAAACUUUCUUAAGGUCCCAGUCACUGCAGAUCGCAGAGCAGCGUGAGCGCAGGGCCGAACCAGUUAUGCAUCCGCCGGAUUACAGCCGCCUGAUUUUCCCCGCCAAGCCUUCGAACUCAGACGACUCGGAGGACGGGUCGUACAUAUCAGCUACACCACCGAAGCGUGUUGGACCGAAGGUUGAGCAGCAAUCUACUCCAAUCUCGUCGUUUCGCCCUUUGAGAAGACCUCUUCUAGAUAUAUCUAGCCAACAGAACGAGAGUAGCAGGGCUCCUGCGUCAUCACAAAAUGUUCCAUCCCAGAGCUCCAGCGUUUUGAAGGUACCUGAUAGGAUCAAGAGGAAGGCUCCGGAAAUGGAUGCCGUGAAGACAAUUCCCCCGAAAAUUGCUGUCUACACUUCGAACCGAAUUCAGUCCAGGGUAGAAAACUCCUCGCCUCUAGCUGAACUUCCUCAAGUUCCGGGCUUUGUCAUCAAACGCCGUCGUCCUGGCAUGCACUUUGAGGAGUCAAAUUUCGCUUGCGAGCACGAAGCACUUCCAGCGGGAUUUUCAGCUAGUGUUAUGGGUUCCAGUUUGAUAAGGAAGGAGUACCAGAAUCCCAGCGAUUCAGUGAAUGAUAGUUCUAAAGCAGAAGUUGAGAGCAGAGCAGGCGGAGAAUCAGCAACGUUUGACACUCUUAUAUUAUCACCAGCCUUGGGCACAGAGACUGAGACUGGAGAUAGCAGAGAAAGUCUCACAGCGGUAAGCAAUAUCUCGCAAAUUGAUCCAGAGGCAAUUCAUUGUGCUCCGGAGCCGCAAAGUGGAUCUAUUGCAGCCACUCAACCCCUGUCGAGUGACAGUGAAUCAGUUGAGUUCGUUCAUGAUAGCCAUUCACCACUACACAAUAAGGUGGAUGCUUCUCCUACAGUCCAAGAUCUAGACAGAGAUUUGUCAGGGAAAGCCCUUCAGAAGUUGACUGUCGUGGUUCUAAAACAGAUGCUCCUCAAGCGGGGCCUUUCCUUGGUCGGUAACAAAGCAACUCUGAUUUCGCGCCUCAGUGCAGCCUUAGAUAGCCAAGGAUCGUGCAAUGGCUCCCGUGUAGAGAUCGUGGAGGGGAGCAUACGUGGAAAGAAACAAAAGGAGAAGGUGGCAGGAGCGUGUGAACCUGUCGAGGAGACGAAGCUGAACACGUCGAGUAAAGGAGAAGAGGAGGGAUCUCACUUCAAUGCGGAAGGAGGUGAUGUGGAGUUAUCUCAUUGUUCGAGAUCUUCCAUUAAUUUGAGAAGUGGUAAAGUAGUCACUCUCACUUCCACAACAUCCAUCAGAACGAGAACUAGAAGUGGAAGAUCUGCAGUCAGGUCAGAAGAAACUCUCCUAUCUUCCUCAGAGAAGACUCAACACAAACAUCAUCCAGGUGAUAACCAUGCUCCGAGCUCAAUCGCUUCAAGCAAAGCUGUGAGGAAGAGGUCCCGAGAAGACGCAGUUCCUCCUGUCGUCCUGCAGAAUGCAUCAUGCGAGAGUACAACUACGAGCUGUGAUGAGUACCCGUCGGCUGACCUCUCGUUUCGAGAGAAGACUGAUUCGUCAAAGUCAGUGCCAGUUGUCUCAAUUGGCGAUGUCAACAACAUGCCCUCCACGACCAGCAGUAAAAGAACCAAAUGUGAUAAGCCAAGUGAGGAGUUCUCGUGGGCAAAGCCAAAGGCGCUUCAAAGACGGUCCACCACUCAGAAGACCAAAACCAUUUCUACCAGAAUCUCACAUCCGAAUAGAGUUCACACCCAGGCCGUGAAGCCCGGUGAAAGGAACAACUUUGUGAAACUGAAUUUGAAUGGAAGGGGUGGCGGAAGACGCAAGUUUGUCAACAAAACACGCUUUAAAAAGCCUGGAGCAUAUGGUCGAAGAGGGUUUCGCGGGAAGAAGAGUCGGAAGCCUGCUUUGGAUGAGGACAAUGAUGCUUUGGAGCAAGACCACUUGCAUGCAGAUGAAGUUGACAAUGCCGGUGGCUCCGAGAAAAAGGGCUCAAGGUCUAACAGGACCAGAUUUGCUGUGAGAGACAUUGACAUUUGCGCUAAAGCUGGAUUUACUGUAGCCGACCCCGUCGAAGACUCGAAGAUUGAUCUGCCUCCUGGGCUUUCUGAGGUGUUGGAAAGGGUGCUGCAUAAUCCUUCAAAUGAGAACUUGCUGGAAGUUCUUGAUAUGGCGUUUGGAUUCAAGGCCUUUCGAGCAGGCCAGCUGGAAGCAACCAAGCGCAUCCUGGCCUUGCAGUCCACUAUGGUCAUGCUUCCAACUGGGGCCGGGAAGUCUUUAUGCUACCAGCUCCCAGCACUCAUUUUGCCUGGCGUGACACUGGUUAUCAGUCCCUUGAUAGCACUUAUGACUGAUCAGCUCCGUCACCUUCCACCAUCAUUGCCAGGAGCUUUAAUGAGCAGUGCGCAGACAUCGCAGGAAAGCAGCAGCACAGUUGCUCGUCUUCGAGCCGGUCUAGUCAAGGUGCUUUUCAUAUCCCCCGAGAGACUGUGCAGUGAAAGCUUUCAACGUAUUUUGGCGGAAAUUCCCAAAAUAAGCCUGGCAGUCGUCGAUGAAGCGCAUUGUCUGUCAGAAUGGUCUCACAACUUUAGGCCAUCAUACUUUAGGCUGGGAAGUAUAUUAAUGGAGCAAAUGAAGGUUCCGUGCGUUCUUGCUAUGACUGCUACCGCCACGAAGAAAGCUGAACGCUCAAUAAUGGAAGCUUUGCGUAUACCCGAUGCGGGUGUAGUGCAAGCUCCUCGUGUGCGCGACAAUCUUGUACUUACGGUUUCUCAGGAAUCAAACAGGCUCAGAGCUCUCCUAUCAAUGCUGCAAGAAAAGCCAUACUCUGAGGCUCGAAGUAUAAUAAUCUACUGCACUUUUCAGGUGGAAGCUGACAACAUUAGCGAUUUUUUGCAGCAGAAUGGGAUUCAAGCAAAGAGCUACCACGCGAAGAAGACAAGCCAAGAACGCAGCCGUAUUUUUGACCAGUUUUGCAGUAACAGGCUAAGAGUGGUGGUGGCAACCGUUGCUUUUGGAAUGGGCCUCGACAAAAGCGACGUUAGGGCAGUCAUCCAUUACAAUAUGCCUCGCAGUUUGGAACAUUAUGUCCAGGAGACAGGCCGGGCUGGUCGUGAUGGAAAAGCAGCAAAUUGCCAUCUCUUCCUAGAUGAUAACGACUUCUUAAAGCUCCGGAGUCUCGCCCACAGUGAGGGAGUGGAUGAAUAUGCUGUCGGCAAAGUUUUGUCUCGAAUUUUCAGUGGUAAACAGGAGUCAUCAAAAGUCGGCAAUCCGUCUUCAAUUAUCAUCGAGACAGCUACCAAAGAAUUUGACAUCAAAGAAGAGGUUCUUGAGACAGUUCUAUCAUAUCUAGAAGUUGGAGAUGUUCAGUACGUAAAAUCUGUAUCGAAGAUGAAUGUAACAUGUACACUCAGCUUCCACCGAAGCUCUCCAGCUUCAUUAGCGGAAAGGAGCAGUCAUGUUACUGCGAUUUUGAGGAGGAGUCAGGAAAAGCAAGGGAGAUACAGUUUUGACUUGCUGGCUCUCGCAACUCAUCUUCAAAUUUCUAUUUUUGAUAUGCAAUUCGAGCUUCGAAGACUCCAGAGCGCUGGAGAGAUUACCUGUGAGUAUGGUGACCCAGCUCUGUGCUUCACUGUCACGAAAUUUCCUGAAGAUAUCCGCGUCCUUACAUCCGCGAUAACAAAACGGCUGAAUGGCGUUGAGAACUGCAAGGUGAAGAAGGUUGAUGCCAUGUACGCUGCCGCACUUGCUGCAGUCCGGAUGAGGAGUGAAGGGGCGUUCGACGAGAGCAUUUCAUCGUUGUCUUCGGAACAGGCGUCGUUUCAAAACACCAUCAAGAUGUACUUCGAUGAAGACGAAGGCUCCCUUCCUUCUCCAGACUUGCCUAGUGUCAUCCAGCCUAACAGAAACUUUCUCCGGGCCGAUAUCAAGGAUUUCGUCCGAACCAACAAGCAUGUCAACCUGACGGGAAGAGCUGUUGCUCGUAUAUUUUAUGGCAUCUGGAGUCCAGCAUAUCCUUACUCGGACUGGUGUAAGAAUCAUUCAUGGGGUAAAUACGAGGGAGUAGAUUUUGGAGCAAUCAAAGAGAUUGCGACAGCAGAGUUGCUGGCGCAACAUUCUGCCACCCGACUGCUGCAGAGCUCAGAAUACUAAAAUCCUCGGAGCACGGUGUGAACUUGGAGUCAAAGAUGUGACUUCUACGUUUACGAUUGUUUUCAAGGUAUCAGUUUCGUGAUGUUUUAAAAGGUAUAUGUAACACAGUUCUCUCCUCGAAAGGAAGGCGAGAAAACAGGAGCAUAUGUCUGCUUUUUGUAAAUGUAGCGGUUUCUUAAUCUGUACAGCCCAGAACUGGUAGUCUAUCUUUCCAAUGAGUGACAUUUUUUUCACUGCUGGAAACUCGUUUAAGCAACUCGUUUAAACAUUCAGCAACCUACGGGAACGUUUUUCUUAGCCAGGCGUUAUCCUGGAAAAGAUCAAGUAGACACAGCUAGUGGUCCAUCAUCUUACGCAGUAGUCUUGUAAUUUGUAACACUGUUGACAGAUGCUAAGCUGUGGACCUCUAUCCUACGCAGGAGCAAGUGUAUAAAAGCUCCAGAUUAACCCCCCUGAAUUAAGUGGGGAGGACGAAACUCAGAUUGCAGUAAAAUGAAGAAAUAUUACA